GAGAUAGAGAGAGAAAGAGAGAGAGAGAGAGAGAGAGAGAGAGAUUGAUCCAUUCCGGGGACAGAGAAAGAGAGCGCUGCACUGGUAAUAACCUUCUUAUCACCUUACCAUCAUCAUCACGAGCAUCUACUGGAUGUACUAAAACCAAACGGUGUUUUGCUGUGUAUGAGACUUUAUUUGGGAUUAUUGAGAUAUUGUUUGAACCUUUUUACGGCAAUGAAGGUUAUCUUUGGACGAGGGGAUACAGUGAGACACGUACAUUUUGCGUCGGCCAGUUUUGGGGAUGUUUUAGACUGAUGUGGAAUUCUAGGACCACUGGACGAUUUUUUGGGAGAAGAAGAACUCUCCUUAUCAACAAAAAAAUGACGUCUCUGUAAGGCCGGAAACUGGACUAGGAAGUACAGUACUAUGGGACGUGGCUACGGAUCUUGACCCAAAAUGGCCGCUGUGUGUUUUAAUCCUUGCAGUCGCCUCAAAGGAAACAACUCAUCGAUGGGCCUCUGUAUCACUGACAGAACAUACUAAGGAUCAGUCUCAACACACUAAGGACUGAUUCUCUCAAGGUUAUCCUCCUUAGUAGGAAUAUAGAUGUUUCUUCUCUAUUAUCUGCAGCUCAGACUUGGAUUUAAAUGGUCUCCCAUAUUUCAGUGAUUUCAAUAUCAGAUCUUUAUCACAGUCUAAAGGAUAUUGCGUCACCUUCCUGACUAGAGCAGGUGAUAUAUACAUUGAAUAGCCUAUAUCCGUCAUUGAACUGAAAACACCUCUGAUGGUAUUCUGAAUCUAAAGGAUCUCUCCCUCUAACCUCUAACCUCAACUGGCACAACCCUAUAGCUCUACAUAUUUUUUUCUACAAUGAAUCCCUUUAGUCUCCCUCAGUGUGUUCUUCUGCUUCUCAGUACUCUACUGGGCCUGUGUCAGGGCCUGGAGUUCAGGGGUUCUGAGGGCCAGUGGGCACGGUACCUCCGCUGGGACGCCAGCACCAGAAGUGACCUCACCUUCCAGUUCAAAACAGACGUGUCCGACACCCUGAUCCUCUACUUCGACGACGGCGGCUAUUGUGACUUCCUGCUUCUCACCGUAACGGAAGGGAAGCUCCAGCUUCGCUUCAGCAUUGAUUGCGCUGAGACCACAGUCACCUCUGACAAAUCGGUCAACGACAGCUGCUGGCACUUUGCGAUGGUCAGCCGACACAACCUCAGAACGGUCUUGGCCCUGGACGGGCAGACCAAGGCGCAGGAUGUUCGACCAGAGCGCCAGUUCAUGAAGAUCGUCAGUGACCUGUUCCUCGGGGGCAUACCCGGAGACAUCAGAACCUCGGUCAUCACCCUGCCGACGGUUAGAGAGCUGCCUCCGUUCAAAGGAGUUAUCAAAGAUCUGAAUUACGGGAAAAAGGUUCCCAAGCUGAUCAACAGUCAGAAGGUACGUCUGGAGAUGAUGGGUCUCUGUACAGGGAACCCGUGUGAGAAUGGAGGCACCUGCUCCGUGGCUGAUGGAGAACCCUACUGCGACUGCUCCAACACGGGAUAUACAGGAAGGACCUGCAGCCAAGCCGUUCAGAGGAAACCAGGCUUCUCACAUCUGAAGGCAUCUGAGUCAGGUACGCUCUCUUCUUUUCUCUCUUUUUCACUCAUGCCAUCACCUGGUUUGGGGGUCCCAAAUGUGUGUUCCUGUGUGCUGCCUCUACCUGUCAGUGUGUUCUGCAGUCAUCAUAUUACUGCAGGGGGAGGAUGAGUCCGGAGGAUGAGUCCGGAGGAUGGGGCUGAUUGGCAUGUCUUGAUCGGACCGUGCCUCCUCUCCCCUACCUCCUGUAAAAGGACUCUACACUUCCCCGUGUAAAAGGACUCUACACUACCCUGUGUAACAGGACUCUACAGUACCUCCUGUAACAGGACUCUACACUACCUCCUGUAAAAGGACUCUACACUACCCUGUGUAAAAGGACUCUACACUACCCCGUGUAACAGGACUCUACACUACCUCCUGUAACAGGACUCUACACUACCUCCUGUAAAAGGACUCUACACUACCCCCUGUAAAAGGACUCUACACUACCUCCUGUAACAGGACUCUCCCCUACCUCCUG